CGCGGGGGGCGGGCGCGGGGAGCGCUCCAAGAUGGCGCCCACCGCAGUCCCGCCCGCCGCAUCCUCGGCGCCUCUGCAGUCCGGCCGCGCCUCCCGGGCCCCGCGCUAGGGCCGUCGUUGCCUCCCUCGCCGCCGCUGCCAGCUGACCUGUCCCGGCCGCAGCACAACUAACGAAGCUGCUGCAGGAUGAGAAGAUGGCAGCGCGGCUGCUCGCACCACCAGGCCCUGACAGUUUCAAGCCUUUCACCCCCGAGUCACUGGCAAACAUCGAGAGGCGCAUUGCCGAGAGCAAGCUCAAGAAACCGCCGAAAGCCGAGGGCAGCCAUCGCGAAGACGAUGAGGACAGCAAACCCAAGCCAAACAGUGACCUGGAGGCAGGGAAGAGCCUGCCUUUCAUCUAUGGGGACAUCCCACAAGGCCUGGUCGCGGUUCCCCUGGAGGACUUUGACCCAUACUAUUUGACGCAGAAAACCUUUGUAGUAUUAAACAGAGGGAAAACUCUCUUCAGAUUUAGUGCCACGCCUGCCUUGUACAUUUUAAGUCCUUUUAACCUGAUAAGAAGAAUAGCUAUUAAAAUUUUGAUACAUUCAGUAUUUAGCAUGAUCAUUAUGUGCACUAUUUUGACCAACUGUGUAUUCAUGACUUUUAGUAACCCUCCUGAAUGGUCGAAGAAUGUGGAGUACACAUUCACAGGGAUUUAUACAUUUGAAUCACUAGUGAAAAUCAUUGCGAGAGGUUUCUGCAUAGAUGGCUUUACCUUUUUACGGGAUCCGUGGAACUGGUUGGAUUUCAGUGUCAUCAUGAUGGCAUAUGUGACAGAGUUUGUGGACCUGGGCAAUGUCUCAGCGCUGAGAACAUUCAGGGUUCUCCGAGCUUUGAAAACUAUCUCUGUAAUUCCAGGCCUGAAGACCAUUGUGGGUGCCCUAAUCCAGUCAGUGAAGAAGCUGUCAGAUGUGAUGAUUCUGACAGUAUUCUGCCUGAGUGUUUUUGCUUUGAUUGGACUGCAGCUGUUCAUGGGCAAUCUGCGAAACAAGUGUGUUGUGUGGCCCAUAAACUUCAACGAGAGCUAUCUGGAAAAUGGCACCAAAGGCUUUGAUUGGGAAGAAUAUAUCAACAAUAAAACAAAUUUUUACACAGUUCCUGGCAUGCUGGAACCUUUGCUCUGCGGGAACAGUUCUGAUGCUGGGCAAUGCCCAGAGGGAUACCAGUGUAUGAAAGCGGGAAGGAACCCCAACUACGGUUACACAAGCUUUGACACUUUCAGCUGGGCCUUCUUAGCAUUAUUUCGCCUUAUGACCCAGGACUACUGGGAAAACUUGUAUCAGUUGACCUUACGAGCAGCUGGGAAAACAUACAUGAUAUUCUUCGUCUUGGUCAUCUUUGUGGGUUCUUUCUAUCUCGUGAACUUGAUCUUGGCUGUGGUGGCCAUGGCUUAUGAAGAGCAGAAUCAGGCAACACUGGAGGAGGCAGAGCAGAAAGAGGCUGAAUUCAAAGCGAUGUUGGAGCAACUUAAGAAGCAACAGGAAGAGGCACAGGCCGCUGCCAUGGCCACCUCCGCAGGCACUGUCUCAGAAGAUGCCAUCGAGGAAGAAGGUGAAGAAGGGGCAGGCUCUCCUCGCAGCUCCUCUGAAAUAUCGAAACUCAGUUCCAAGAGUGCCAAAGAAAGGCGUAACAGGAGGAAGAAGAGGAAGCAGAAGGAACUCUCUGAAGGAGAGGAAAAGGGGGAUCCUGAGAAGGUGUUUAAGUCAGAGUCAGAAGAUGGUAUGAGGAGGAAAGGCUUUCGGCUGCCAGACAACAGAAUAGGGAGGAAAUUUUCCAUCAUGAAUCAGUCCCUGCUCAGCAUCCCGGGCUCCCCGUUCCUCUCCCGGCACAACAGCAAAAGCAGCAUCUUCAGCUUCAGGGGGCCCGGGCGCUUCCGCGACCCGGGCUCGGAGAACGAGUUCGCGGACGACGAGCACAGCACGGUGGAGGAGAGCGAGGGCCGCCGGGACUCGCUCUUCAUCCCGAUCCGGGCCCGCGAGCGCCGCAGCAGCUACAGCGGUUACAGCGGCUACAGCCAGGGCAGCCGCUCGUCGCGCAUCUUCCCCAGCCUGCGGCGUAGCGUCAAGCGCAACAGCACGGUCGACUGCAACGGCGUGGUGUCCCUCAUCGGUGGCCCCGGCUCGCACAUCGGCGGGCGGCUCCUGCCAGAGGCUACAACUGAGGUGGAAAUUAAGAAGAAAGGCCCCGGAUCUCUCUUAGUUUCCAUGGACCAACUGGCCUCCUAUGGGCGGAAGGACAGAAUCAACAGUAUAUUGAGUGUCGUUACAAAUACACUAGUAGAAGAGCUGGAAGAGUCUCAGAGAAAGUGCCCGCCGUGCUGGUAUAAAUUUGCCAAUACUUUCCUCAUCUGGGAGUGUCACCCCUACUGGAUCAAACUGAAAGAGAUUGUGAAUUUGAUCGUUAUGGACCCGUUUGUGGACUUGGCCAUCACCAUCUGCAUUGUCCUGAAUACCCUGUUUAUGGCCAUGGAGCACCAUCCCAUGACACCACAGUUUGAGCACGUCUUGGCUGUAGGAAAUCUGGUUUUCACUGGAAUUUUCACAGCGGAAAUGUUCCUGAAGCUCAUAGCCAUGGAUCCCUACUAUUAUUUCCAAGAAGGUUGGAACAUUUUUGACGGAUUUAUUGUCUCCCUCAGUUUAAUGGAACUGGGUCUAGCAGACGUGGAGGGGCUUUCGGUGCUGCGAUCUUUCCGAUUGCUCCGAGUCUUCAAAUUGGCCAAAUCCUGGCCCACCUUGAACAUGCUGAUCAAGAUUAUUGGAAAUUCAGUGGGUGCCCUAGGCAACCUGACCCUGGUGCUGGCCAUUAUUGUCUUCAUCUUUGCUGUGGUGGGCAUGCAACUCUUUGGAAAGAGCUACAAAGAGUGUGUCUGCAAGAUCAACCAGGACUGUGAACUCCCUCGCUGGCACAUGAAUGACUUUUUCCAUUCCUUCCUCAUUGUCUUUCGAGUGUUGUGCGGGGAGUGGAUUGAGACCAUGUGGGACUGCAUGGAAGUGGCAGGCCAGGCCAUGUGCCUCAUCGUCUUCAUGAUGGUCAUGGUUAUUGGCAACUUGGUGGUGCUGAACCUGUUUCUGGCCUUGCUUCUGAGCUCCUUCAGUGCAGACAAUCUGGCAGCCACGGACGACGAUGGAGAAAUGAACAACCUACAAAUCUCAGUCAUCCGGAUCAAGAAGGGGGUGGCCUGGGCCAAACUGAAAGUGCACGCCUUCAUGCAGGCCCACUUUAAGCAGCGUGAGGCCGAUGAAGUGAAGCCCCUGGACGAGCUCUAUGAAAAGAAGGCCAACUGCAUCGCCAACCACACCGGUGCAGACAUCCACCGGAACGGUGACUUCCAGAAGAACGGCAACGGCACGACCAGUGGCAUUGGCAGCAGCGUGGAGAAGUAUAUCAUCGACGAGGACCACAUGUCCUUCAUCAACAAUCCCAACUUGACCGUGCGGGUGCCCAUUGCUGUAGGCGAGUCUGAUUUUGAGAACCUCAACACAGAGGAUGUUAGCAGCGAGUCGGAUCCUGAAGGCAGCAAAGAUAAACUGGAUGACACUAGCUCCUCUGAAGGAAGCACCAUCGAUAUCAAACCCGAAGUAGAAGAAGUCCCAGUGGAACAGCCCGAGGAGUACUUGGACCCAGAUGCCUGCUUCACAGAAGGCUGUGUCCAGCGAUUCAAGUGCUGCCAGGUCAACAUCGAAGAAGGGCUUGGCAAGUCUUGGUGGAUCCUGAGGAAGACCUGUUUCCUCAUUGUGGAGCACAACUGGUUUGAGACCUUCAUCAUUUUCAUGAUUCUGCUCAGCAGUGGCGCCCUGGCCUUCGAGGACAUUUACAUCGAGCAGAGAAAGACCAUCCGUACCAUCCUGGAAUACGCCGACAAAGUCUUCACCUACAUCUUCAUCCUGGAGAUGUUGCUCAAGUGGACAGCCUAUGGCUUCGUCAAGUUCUUCACCAACGCCUGGUGCUGGCUGGACUUCCUCAUUGUGGCUGUCUCUUUAGUCAGCCUUAUAGCUAAUGCCCUGGGCUACUCGGAACUAGGUGCCAUAAAGUCCCUUAGGACCCUAAGAGCUUUGAGACCCUUAAGAGCCUUAUCACGAUUUGAAGGGAUGAGGGUGGUGGUGAAUGCCUUGGUGGGCGCCAUCCCCUCCAUCAUGAAUGUGCUGCUGGUGUGUCUCAUCUUCUGGCUGAUUUUCAGCAUCAUGGGAGUUAACCUCUUUGCGGGGAAGUACCACUACUGCUUUAAUGAGACCUCUGAAAUCCGAUUUGAAAUUGAAGAUGUCAACAAUAAAACUGAGUGCGAAAAGCUCAUGGAGGGGAACAACACAGAGAUCAGGUGGAAGAAUGUGAAGAUCAACUUUGACAACGUCGGUGCAGGCUACCUGGCACUUCUUCAAGUGGCAACCUUCAAAGGCUGGAUGGACAUCAUGUAUGCAGCUGUAGAUUCCCGAAAGCCCGACGAGCAGCCUAAGUAUGAGGACAACAUCUACAUGUACAUCUACUUUGUCAUCUUCAUCAUCUUCGGCUCCUUCUUCACCCUGAACUUGUUCAUUGGUGUCAUCAUUGAUAACUUCAAUCAACAAAAGAAAAAGUUUGGAGGUCAGGACAUUUUCAUGACAGAAGAACAGAAGAAGUACUAUAAUGCCAUGAAAAAGCUGGGCUCAAAGAAACCACAGAAACCCAUUCCCCGCCCCCUGAACAAAAUCCAAGGCAUCAUCUUUGACUUUGUCACUCAACAAGCCUUUGAUAUCGUUAUCAUGAUGCUCAUCUGCCUUAACAUGGUGACCAUGAUGGUGGAGACAGAUACGCAGAGCAAGCAGAUGGAAAACAUUCUCUACUGGAUUAACCUGGUCUUUGUCAUCUUCUUCACCUGUGAGUGUGUGCUCAAAAUGUUUGCCUUGAGGCACUACUACUUCACCAUUGGCUGGAACAUCUUUGACUUCGUGGUAGUCAUCCUCUCCAUUGUGGGAAUGUUCCUGGCUGAUAUAAUUGAGAAAUACUUUGUUUCCCCAACCCUAUUCCGAGUCAUCCGAUUGGCCCGUAUCGGGCGCAUCUUGCGUCUGAUCAAAGGUGCCAAAGGGAUUCGGACCCUGCUCUUUGCCUUAAUGAUGUCCUUGCCUGCUCUGUUCAACAUUGGCCUUCUGCUCUUCCUGGUCAUGUUCAUCUUCUCCAUCUUCGGGAUGUCCAAUUUCGCGUAUGUAAAGCACGAGGCUGGCAUCGACGACAUGUUCAACUUUGAGACCUUUGGCAAUAGCAUGAUCUGCCUGUUUCAGAUCACAACCUCAGCUGGCUGGGACGGCCUGCUGCUGCCCAUCCUGAACCGCCCGCCUGACUGCAGUCUGGAUAAGGAGCACCCAGGGAGUGGCUUCAAGGGCGACUGCGGGAACCCCUCCGUGGGCAUCUUCUUCUUCGUAAGCUACAUCAUCAUCUCCUUCCUGAUCGUUGUGAACAUGUAUAUUGCCAUCAUCUUGGAGAACUUCAGUGUAGCCACAGAGGAAAGUGCCGACCCUCUGAGUGAGGAUGACUUUGAGACCUUCUACGAGAUCUGGGAGAAGUUUGACCCCGAUGCCACCCAGUUCAUCGAGUACUGUAAGCUGGCAGACUUUGCAGAUGCCUUGGAGCACCCUCUCCGAGUGCCCAAGCCCAACACCAUUGAGCUCAUUGCCAUGGACCUGCCCAUGGUCAGCGGGGACCGCAUCCACUGCUUGGACAUCCUUUUUGCCUUCACCAAGCGGGUCCUGGGAGACAGCGGGGAGCUGGACAUCCUCCGCCAGCAGAUGGAGGAGCGGUUCGUGGCGUCCAACCCUUCCAAAGUGUCUUACGAGCCCAUCACGACCACACUGAGACGCAAGCAGGAGGAGGUGUCGGCCGUGGUCCUGCAGCGCGCCUACCGGGGACAUUUAGCGAGGCGGGGUUUCAUUUGCAAAAAGACCACUUCCAAUAAGCUGGAGAACGGAGGCACACACCGGGAGAAAAAGGAGAGCACCCCGUCCACAGCCUCCCUCCCGUCCUAUGACAGCGUAACUAAACCUGAGAAGGAAAAACAGCAACGGGCAGAGGAAGGAAGAAGGGAAAGGGCCAGAAGACAAAAAGAGGUCAGAGAAUCCAAGUGUUAGAGGAAAGCAAAAAUUAAAUAUUGUACAGAUGUAAAACUUGCAAGUGAAAGAUUGUUUACAAACUUCCUGAAUCUUCUCAAUGCAGAACAGCUGUGGAGACACUUGAACUGAAGAUCUAUACCAAACGUAGUCUGCUUACCAUGUAACACGGUUGCAUCUUGAGCAGUGACCUGCCAAGGGCCAAGGACCCUGCUCCCCGGACUCACAGAUUUUCUAACGCUUGGGCAGGUGGUUACUGCAUGUUCCACAUCAGUCAAUGCAACUUAGGACAAAACCAACAGGAUACAAAAACCAGAGGAGAGGCUGCCGGGACCAGCAGAUUUCCGUUGCAGCCAAAGGGAUUUUAUUUUUUCAUUUUGGUGAUUCUCAGAAGCAGAAAGCAUCACUUUAAAAGUUUGUUUGUCCAUGCAAA